AUGGGGAACGCUCUGCGGAAGUGCAAAGAGGCCCAGGAGCCGCUCGGAAAAAUCCUGAAUAAUAUAUAUGCUGUGUUUUCAAGUCAUGGCCUAGACAACUCACUGAAGAACAAACCGAAAGAUGGAGGAAUAGAGGAAGGUGCAUCCGCAAAGGGGGAAGCGGAAAAAGGGAAGAAUAAUUUCCUUGUAAGAGCUAUAGCCGACAUGACAAAAGGGGAAAAGACGCUACUCUUUAUCGCCUUCGCAUUUUUAGCCAUCAAUGCUUACACCAACUUGAGUUACCCUAAAAUUAUGGGGGAGUGUGUUGAGACGGUGAAUCUGGCACAGGGGAGCGUAAGCCCAAUUAGCGGGGUUAAUGGGGGUGGUAGCGUCGGUGGAAGCACCACGGUGGCGCCCUCCAAGUGCAACUUCCUGGUGACACUCGUGAAGAAGAGCAAAUUUUUAAACAAACUACUCCUGGGUACCCAGGACAGAGGUGCGCAUGCUGUGUUCUGCUUCCUACCGUACUUCCUCUGCGGAGGCGUGGCGUCCUACUUCAGAAUAUACUUCACAAACAAGUGCAUUAAGAAGGUAGAGGACCGACUGAAAAAACAAGUGCACAAAACAAUCAUUACACAAAACAGUGAAAAAUUUAAAUCACAUAAAUCACCAGAUUAUCUCAUCAACUGUGUUUUUAACGAAAUAAAAUUUUCUGCCAAAAAUUUAAUUACGUCCAUCACACAAAUGGUGCGUUAUGGUAAUUCUAUCCUCGGGGGAAGUAUCUCAAUGGUAUGCAUAUCUCCGUACCUCACCAAACUGUGUGUCUUCGUUGUGCCCACCUACGGGUUUCUCGUCCUGUUGAUUUUGAGAAAACUCAAAAGUAUUAAAAUGAAAGUCUCCAAUUGUGAAGAAAAACAAAUGGCUAGAUUGUCAGACAUUUUACAAAAAAAAAAUGUCAUUUCAUUUUUUGGAAAUGAUUAUCAUGAAAAUCGAUUUUUUUGUCAAAACCUAAAAUAUAUGAACAGAUUAAAUGAGAGGUAUACAAAUUGGGAGUCCCUUUUUUAUUCCUUCCUCAAUAUAGGAAGCAAUAUUGUUAUUUGCUCUAUCCUUUGCUUUGGAAGAAGCGAGCUGAACAAGAAACAUAUCACCCAUGGCCAACUUGUUUCCUUCAUUGCCUUCUCUAGCAUGUUAGGGUUAGGUGUUGUCGGCAUGUUAAAAUUGAAAAAGGAUCUCGGUGUUCUCCAGCUAAGUCUACAGAAGAUUUAUGAAAUUGUGGACUUCACUCCGGUCACAAAUGGAGAACGGAAUGAACCGACAACACGUGUAAUGAGGGAGGAUGUUCCUCUUCGGAUGGAAAGCCCAAUAGAAGACUCCACACACACCAUGGGUGAUGGAAAUGGGGCAGCAGAUUCCCCUUUACUUGGUGAUCCAUGUCCAAGAAGCCUUCGCGGAAGUCUCAAAUUCGAAAAUGUCAACUUCGCCUAUAAUGCGUUUGAUGCAAGUAAGAAGAAAGAUGUGCUAAAAAAUAUAAACUUUGAAAUAAAAGAAAAUGAAAAGGUAGCCAUCAUAGGUAAGAGCGGGUCGGGAAAGUCAACCCUGUGGAAGCUGCUCACCACGGAAUAUGAUUACCAGGGAAAUAUAUACAUUGACAAAUAUGACUUAAAAAAUAUAAACAAAACUUAUUUUAAAAAAUGCAUCAUAUCGGUUAGUGAGCAGGACUGCUGCGUCCUGAAUAGGUCUCUGUACGAAAAUUUAGUGUACGCCUUGUUACCGGUAAACAUUGAGGGCAAGCGACAGUUGCCCAAGGUUAUCACCAUGGGAGUGGAGGAGUUGCCUUGUGCCCUCACAGGUCCAAUCAGCAAUGGUCAGUCUGCGCACAAUGACAAGUCGACUCCAUCGCGGGAAGGAGAAGUCAUGCCAAAUGAAAAACAAGAUGAAGAUGCCCACAGCGAACGCGAAAAUUGCAAUGCGCGCCCAGGUGAAGGGAAAAUAAUUCCAAGCAGUGAGGAAGCCCCCCUGAGGGAUCAAGUCAAUUCCGCUCUUGUGGAAGAGUACGGACAAUUCCAUUCCUCCCUCAUGGAGGAGUACGGACAAGACAAAUUAAGCCUCAUAAACGAAACACUAAAUAAACUGUGCGAACGGUUAGAUUUGACCCAGUUCAUACACUCCCUGCCAGAACACGUGAACACAAGUAUUCAAAACAAUGCCAUGUCAUCAGGACAGAGACAAAGAAUAUCCAUCAUCCGGUCUUUAAUAAAAGACACCCCAAUUUAUGUCUUCGAUGAAAUCACUUCCUUUCUAGAUGAGUCCAAUGUAGAAAAAGUGUACAACCUAAUUAAUACAAUUAUACCUAAUAAGACAAUCAUUUACAUUACCCACUCCAUGAAUAUAUUGCACCAGAUGGAUAAAAUAAUUAUGGUCGAUCAAGGCAGGAUAUGUUCCAUUGGGACCUUCAGUGAGAUUAAAAAUGACCCGCUUUUCUUGGACAUCUUUUCUCACUCGACCGUGGCGUCGAUAUGA